AAGGUCACACGCAUGGUGUCUCGGAGGUGACUGUUGUGGAGAAAAUACAUUGAAUGGAAUACUGUUGUCAGGUCUCUUCUUUCUGUAUUUAAAUUAAGUAAUUGGUGUUUUGUGCUUUAGUGUGAGUGCUACCUCAGUACAGAAAUGUUUCAUUUGGCUCUCCGGUAGUUUCUGGUCAGUAACUUGACCAGCUAAAUAAGCAUAAACUGGCUAGCUAAGGCUAGCUUCAGUGGUUACUGCAAGGGCAAUUGAAAGCAAAGGCUAGCGUCGGGUACAUAUUGCAAGUUAGCUGCAGCAUUUGCUUUUUUAAUUCAUUCUCUUAACACGUGUUUUGGAAACCGGCUGCCUAUACAUUUGCAUUAUGCUGCGAAGUCUUGUGGCAUUGCAUUGUCGGAUCGGCCAAACGGUUCUCUCCCAUCAGCGACAUCAUGUUCAGCCACAUCAGAAUCUGAUCCAUCACCUGCACAACGCUAGAUGUUAUGGCAUGGCAACAACAGAGCGGAGGAAAUUCUACGAAGAUGUCUCUAUCUCACAAGGCGAAGGAGGAAUGUAUGAGAUAAAUCUAGACCGCCGAAAGCUGAAAACCCCAGGAGGCAAACUCUUCACUGUACCAAAUGAAGCCCUAGCAAUAGCUGUGGCGACAGAGUGGGAUGCUCAAAAGGACACCCUUAAGUUCUACACUAUGCACAUGUCCACUCUGUGCAACACAGCCUUGGACAACCCCACCCAACGUGACAAAGAGCAGAUGAUUGCAUCCGCCCUCAAGUACCUGGAGACAGAUACUAUAUGUUACAGAGUUGAUGAACCUCCAGCCCUGGUUGAGCUACAGAACAAUGAAUGGGACCCAGUGUUGGAGUGGAUUGAGAAACGUUAUAAUGUGGUUAUUGGUUCGUCAUCAAAUAUAUUGGGUCCAGAAAUCCCUGAAGAGACGAAGGAGACUUUUCGUCAGCAUCUAAACUCAUACAACUUUUGGGCUUUGACAGGACUAGAAUAUGUGAUCACCCAGCUGAAGUCUGUAAUCCUGUCCUUUGGGAUGGUUGACCGCUAUUUGACAGUGGAGCAGGCAGUGCUUCUGUCGCGCUUAGAAGAGGAGUAUCAGAUCCAGCGGUGGGGCAAUGUGGAGUGGGCGCAUGAUUAUGACAUGUAUGAGCUGCGAGCGCGCACGGCGGCCGGUGCGCUGUUUGUCCAGUUGGCUUCUGAGAGCUCCACGGUCAAACGCAAAAUCCUACAGGACUGACCUGCGCUUUGCUGUGGGUGGAACCACAUACUGGACUGUAACAGAAAAAAAUGUAAAUAAAGUGAUAUGGUUUCAAAAGUGAAAUAGUAUUUCAUUUGUUCCACAUUCUUGGAACUAGUUGAGGAAUGUUUUUUUGUCAUUACAGUAUUUUUGUGAAAUUGAGGAUUUAAAAAAUGUAUAAUCAUGUUUUGGAUCAUAUCACAGUGGCAGGACAUUUACAGUUUACAGUAAUAAUAUAGUCUUCUCUGGCUACAGUGGUUUGUUUACUGAAAACAACUGCAUGGGGCAACCUUUUGGGCAGUGUUGUUGUUGAUUAAAGUCAUCUAGUUCUAGAUCUAUAAUAUCAAUGGAACGUGCCAGAACCACAGUAUCUAGCAAAGAUCAUAGAGCGCUCUAUGAUCUUUGGUAUCUAGGAACGUUGCCCAGCAACAUUGCUGAAAAAGUUGACUUGUUGACUUGAUCAUCAACUUAACUUGUCAUCUUUACUCCAGGGUUUAGAAUGUUAAUUUAGAGUCCCAGACAAUUUGUAUUUGAGAGGGCAUUAAAGUGAGUUCAGCAUUUGUGUAAAGAGGUGUGUCAAAGAUAAAAUGAAAUAAACUGGUUGCUUAU